AUGCAGUUGCGAUGCCAAGUAGAUGCAUCGUGGACACAUGAAGACAGGAAAACGGGGCUGGGAUUUGUGCUGAUGGAGGAAGAUCAAACCGUUCUAGUUGGGCUCCAGAACGUCAUUAAGACACCGUCACCAAUACACGCAGAAGUACGAGGACUACUCUGGGCAAUGAAGACCUUGAAGAAUCGUGGCUUCGACUCAAUGCACUUUGAAACGGACUGCCUACAACUUCUAAAGCUGAUAAGAUGUGAGGACGAAUGGCCAUCCAUGGCGACUGAGAUAGAAGAUAUUUGGUUACAAUCUAAACUUUACACUAGUUUCUCUAUUUCGUUUCUACCGCGUGGUAAGAAUACUCGAGCGGACUGUUUUGCUAAAGCAGCCCGUAAUCGAACUGAUGCUUUUGUUUACGUUAGUAAUGAUACUCCUGUCUGGCUAGCUCAAGUAGCAAGGUCUUUGGAGUGA